AUGAGCCCUCCUGCACCGAUUGAUGUCGACCUGGUCGGGGUCACAGAUACCUCUUCUGUACCGGUUCCAGACCCGUUGACGGUCAAUGGAAUUUCAAGCUGGCGCGAGAAGAUGACGAAGAUGCCCACGGGGGUCGCUGCGGCCUGCAGCAGUGACAUGUUCAAAAGCCCGGCUUGCUAUACCAAACCAAAGGCUAAAAGCUUUGAUCAUCUUUUGUCACUUGAAGCCAAGUCCCGUCAGGCCUCGACUCUGAAGAACGCGGCUCGUUACCUCAAGAACCCAGGGAUCAUCUCUCUUGGAGGCGGUCUUCCCUCUCCGGAAUACUUUCCCUUCGAAUCGAUUGGCAUCAAAGUCCCGAAUCCACCAGGAUUUUCCCCAGAAGCCACACAGAAGUCUGGCUCCGUUGUGCAUGCCGGAAAGCACGAUAUCAGAGACGGUAAAAGUCUCUACGACUUGGAAAUUGCACUCAAUUAUGGUCAGGCUACAGGAUCAGCUCAGCUAUUGAGGUUUGCCACAGAGCACACCGAGAUUAUCCACAAUCCUCCAUACUCCGACUGGCAGUGUACCAUGACUUCUGGUAGCACAUAUGCGUGGGACACGGCACUUCGUGUUCUGACCGAACGUGGUGAUUACAUUCUUAUGGAGGAGUAUACUUUUGCUAGCGCCGCCGAGACCGCUUUCCCUCUCGGCAUCAAGACCGUGGGAGUCCCUAUCGACGAGCAGGGUCUCAUACCCGAAGCGAUGGAUGAUAUUCUGAGUAGCUGGAACGAGGAAGCCCGCGGAGCUCGCAAGCCUCAUGUCCUGUACACAAUCCCCACCGGUCAAAAUCCGACCGGUGCUACUCAGUCUGCUGAGCGCCGCCGGGCCGUAUACAAGGUUGCCCAGAAGCACGACAUCUACAUUGUCGAGGAUGAGCCAUAUUAUUUCUUACAGAUGCAGCCUUAUGUCGGCCAAGGUGCUCCUCCUCCACCACCCCCGGCCAACCACGAUGAGUUCAUCAAGUCUCUCGUUCCAUCUUUCUUGAGUCUGGACGUUGACGGCCGUGUGUGUCGGUUGGAAUCCUUCUCCAAGGUCAUUGCCCCUGGCACUCGGGUUGGCUGGAUUGUUGCCUCCGAGCAGAUGGUUGAACGAUUUGUUCGUACCUUUGAGGUUUCUUCACAAAACCCCAGCGGUAUCUCCCAAGUCGUCCUCUACAAGCUUCUGGAUGAGCACUGGGGUCAUGCUGGCUAUCUGGACUGGCUCAUACACCUCCGUCUGGAAUAUACCAGCCGGCGAGAUGCACUGCUUCACUCCUGUGAGAAGCAUUUGCCCACUGAAAUUGCUCACUGGGUCCCCCCAGCAGCGGGCAUGUUCCACUGGAUUGAAAUUGAUUGGAAAAAGCAUCCUGGAGUUGCUGCUGGCAAGACACGAGAAGCGAUCGAAGAGGAAAUCUUCUUGAACGCUGUGGACAACCAAGUCCUUCUGUCGUGCGGCAGUUGGUUCAAGGCCGACCGAUCAGCCGUGAUGGAAAAGAUGUUCUUCCGCGCAACUUAUGCCGCGGCUUCAUCGGAGAAAAUUGAUGAAGCUAUCGCCCGCUUCGCAAAGUGUCUGCGUGAGCAGUUUGGUCUUUAG